UUUUUUGUAAACCGUCUGCAAAGGCGGGGGGGCGAAGAAGGCGCCGGAGCCCGGGCCGAGUGCAGCUGCCUCGGCCGCCGCCUCUUGAGCUCCUUGUGCGGUGGGCUUCCUCAGUCCACCCUCCGCGGAGGCCGGCGAGGAGAGCCCUCAGAUGCUCGGAGCCUUCCCGGCGCGGAGCUGCCGGUCACCUUCGCCCGCCGCCCGCCUGCUCCUGCUCCUGCUCCGGCUGCUCUUCCCCCGGCUCCGGGAGCCCCAGCUCCCCGCCGCCGCCGCCGCCGCCUCCGCCCCGCCGAGGCUGUGGGGGCUGCCGGCGUUGCGCCGGGCCUGGGCGCCGGCUCGGACGACCGACGCCUGAAGAGCUGUGCGCCGCCGCGCCGCCGGCCGGCCGAGGACGCCCGCAGACCCGGGGCUCGCCGGCUUGACCCCGGGCUCGCCCCCGUGCGGCUGUGGGACUCGGGCGGCGUGAGCCCCGCGCCGGCCUCCCCGCGCCCCACGCCGCCGCCUCCUCCUCCUCCCGGGUCGCCCGGCCGCGCUCGGCGGGCCGCUCCGCCGCAGCCAUGGGGUGCUGGGGUCGGAAACGGGGCCGGCUGCUCUGCAUGCUCAUGUUGACCUUCAUGUUCAUGGUGCUGGAGGUGGUGGUGAGCCGGGUGACCGCGUCGCUGGCGAUGCUGUCCGACUCCUUCCACAUGCUGUCGGACGUGCUGGCGCUGGUGGUGGCGCUGGUGGCCGAGCGCUUCGCCCGGCGGACCCACGCCACCCAGAAGAACACGUUCGGCUGGAUCCGGGCCGAGGUGAUGGGGGCCCUGGUGAACGCCAUCUUCCUGACCGGCCUCUGCUUCGCCAUCCUGCUCGAGGCCAUCGAGCGCUUCAUCGAGCCGCACGAGAUGCAGCAGCCGCUCGUGGUGCUCGGGGUCGGCUUGGCCGGGCUGCUGGUCAACGUGCUGGGACUCUGCCUCUUCCACCACCACAGCGGCUUCGGCCACGACUCCGGCCACGGCCACUCGCACGGGGGCCACGGCCACGGCCUCCCCAAGGGGGCCCGCGGCAAGAGCCACCGCGCGGGGGGCAGCGACGGCAGCGCGGCCCCUGGCGAGCAGGGCCCGGAGCAGGAGGAGACCAACACCCUGGUGGCUAACAGCAGCAACUCCAACGGGCUCAAGGCGGACCCGGCAGAUCCAGAAAAAUCUAGAAACGAGGAUGCAGUGGAUGUACAAGUGAAUGGGAAUCUUAUCAGAGAACCUGAGCAUGUGAAGCUGGAAGAAGAUGACAGUGCUGGACAACUUAACAUGCGUGGAGUUUUUUUGCAUGUCCUUGGAGAUGCCUUGGGUUCAGUAAUUGUAGUAGUAAAUGCCUUGGUCUUCUAUUUCUCUUGGAAAGGUUGUUCUGAAAGAGAAUUCUGUGUGAACCCAUGUACCCUUGACCCCUGCAAAGCAUUUGUAGAAAUUAUCAAUAGUACUCAGGCAUCAGUUCAUGAGGCUGGUCCUUGCUGGGUGCUGUAUUUAGACCCAACACUUUGUAUUGUAAUGGUUUGUAUACUUCUUUACACAACUUACCCACUACUUAAGGAAUCUGCUCUUAUCCUUCUACAAACCGUUCCUAAGCAAAUUGAUAUCACAAAUUUGAUAAAAGAACUUCGAGCUGUUGAAGGAGUUGAGGAAGUUCAUGAAUUACAUGUCUGGCAGCUUGCUGGAAGCAGAAUCAUCGCCACCGCUCACAUAAAAUGUGAGGACCCCACAUCCUACAUGCAGGUGGCUAAAACCAUUAAGGACGUUUUUCAUAAUCACGGAAUCCAUGCUACCACCAUUCAGCCUGAAUUUGCUAGCGUAGGCUCUAAGUCCAGUGUAGUCCCGUGUGAACUUGCCUGCAGGACUCAGUGUGCUUUGAAGCAAUGUUGUGGGACCCGGCCCUUGGCCCAUACUGGAAAGGAUGCAGAAAAGGCCCCCACAGUUAGCAUUUCUUGUCUAGAACUUAGUGACCAUCUAGAGAAGAAGCCCAAGAGGACUAAAGGUGAAAACGUCCCUGCUGUUGUGAUAGAGAUUAAAAAAAUGCCAAACAAACAACCUGAAUCAUCUUUGUGAGUCUUGAAAAAGAUGUGAUAUUUGACUUUUGCUUUAAACUGCAAGAGGAAAAGACUCCAUUGACAUUCUAAGUUUGCCAAGUAGCAUAAUUGAAGUCCUUGUCUGGUCACACAGUUUAACUCUAUUUUUGUAAGAACAUAAUGGGACUGCCUACCAGAGUUCUAUAUUACAAUUUUGUGAUGAUUAGCACAGAGUACAGCUAUGCUGUAACAAUUUUGGAAAGCCAGUUUUAACACUAUGUUACAUUUUUGUUUAAGUAUGAACUUUAUAUAACAUAAUGACCUUUGAUUUCCGGUUUUCCCGUGAUAAAAAAUUAGGGGGAUAAAUAAAAUUGUUACUGGAAUUUCUCUGCUUUUCUUUGCCCCAUUGUUACACUUAGAACUCUAAAAAGCGACCAGUUUGUUUCCUUUGACAUUUUAGUUCAUAUUGACCUGUUCUUUGAGAUCAUCAUAUGGCAUAAUGGCAGCAUGCUUUUUGAAGUCUCAAGACCAGUGGUUGUUCUUUAAAUUGCUGGGUAUUCAUCUAUACAGUGAAGUAAUUAGCAAAUGGAACUGUACACGUAAUAGCAUGUGCAGAGUAAGAGCAGGGAAGAAUAUUUAUCAAACCAUUUCGAUUUUUGUAUGUUGGUUUUCAGACUACAUUUCUAAAUUAUUUCAGAGAAUUUCAAUUCUUUCAGCCAGAGUUAGUCUGAAACAUGGAUAUGAUCACCAGCAUUACUUUCCGGGAGAGAUUGGUGAUAGAAAUAUAGCUGAAAAUUGACUGACAUGCCUCAGAUUUUCAUUUAGUCUUAAUUUUUCACUAAAUACAAGCUAUUAAUGCAGCCUUUUAGAUUGUUGAUGUUUUGAAAAAGCUUUUCAAAAUGACGCUCGUUUCCUGGUGACCAAUCAUGAACGGAUUUCAGCAGCUUUCCCCACAGCCAGCAGUGCUCGGGCUUUGCCAGGAGCCGCUGACUCGAGAGAGGAAAGAUGCUUAAGUCCAUUUGGAUAUUAAAUUCUUAGAAAGCAAAAUUAAUAAUUUAGGCAAAAUCGGAAUUCUGCGAGUGACUCUUCCUCAACACUGGUGAGAUCUUCCAACAGCAUCUUCUUUUGCAAGAUGCCACAAUUCACGCAGGAACCUGUUCUUGGCUAUCUCAUUCUUGCUAGAGAGAUCAAAUCCAACAGAACAUUACUUAAGGAUAUUCUUAAGUUACAUUUUUCUUGAUAAAGUUGUGCUUUGUGAAGAAAAUGUAGGGUUUGUCCUCAAAAGGAUGAAUUAUUAAUAUCAGUUAUCACGUAUAGCUCUAUUUUUCUAGAAACAAGGUAUUCUGACUACUUCAGUAACUUUUAUAGCUGACUACUUUUGGGAUGGCUACCUUUUGAGAUUUGAAAUAAUUCAUUGUUUAAUAGGUCUUAAGGUGAAAGGUUGGAAUUUGACAGUGGAUUUUUAAAGGGAUGAUCUUUUGUGGUAGACGGUGUAUCUUUUUCGUAGUAUAAGCCUGUUGCGGGCAAUGGGCCUAUUUAAGAACAGCUGAUUUUUCCAAGGAGAAUGAGAUAAUUUUAGGAACAUAGUUUGUAAGUUCACAUUCACUAUAAUGGGCCAAAACCAUUACCUGCCAAUUUGUAAUACAUCUUGAUCUUUUAAUACUAUUACCUACUAUUGUGUAACUCAAUUCCUUAGCAGUAGUUAUUUUGAUUUUUGCAAAAUAGCUUGAGUUUUGUUUCUUUAAACAUGAAAUUGAAGAAUCUCAUUAUCUGGGUAAACAAGAAAGCAAGCUUCAAAUUGUACUGUAUCAUGUACAUUCCGGAGUUGCCCGUUUGUUAAACACUUCAGCAAUGUUACAGCAGGACGACUGGGAAGGUAACGUUGCAUUCAGUGGAGUGUUCUUUACAAAUACGCUAGCAGGGUCUGUAUCUUAAGACAGAUGUGUAGAAUAGAACCCGGAUGAGGAUUUUGUUCAGGUGGUGUGCAAGCAUUGGGACAAGGGCUAUGUUUUAUUUUUCAAAAGUGCUUUGAAGAGAACAGCUUUCAGGCUUCAGAUAUUUCACUUUUCAUGAUUUAUAGGUAGCUUCUACGUAACAGUGGUACCCUGGAACCUUCUGUUUUCAAAGGACUUCAUAGCAGAAUCAGUGGCACGGACUCACCUUUUUGGGUUAUAGCAGCAAUUUAUUUAUUUCUUUACAAAUGCACUUUCUAACCCAUUUUUUUUUUUUAGCUACAUUAGUAAUAUCUUUUUUGAACCAAGACAUGCUUUUCUAUUUAAAUAUUGUGGAAUUUGUGUCAUUUCCAAAAUAGCUUAUUCCUUCCUGAGAGAAAAUGAGGGAAAUAUUCUGAAUUACUCAGAGAGUUAAACCUGCUAUUUAAAUCUGCUGUUUUAUAACACUGCAUCAGUUUUAGGACUUGUGUCUCUCCUGCUGGCUCUCUCCUCUUCCAGCAAGCUCAGUGUACAGUGAUGUGUUUAGCAACUGGUUUGCCACCUCAGUUUAGUGAGAAGGAGGUGUUCCAGGUCCCUGAAUUAAAGCCAGCCAGCAGCUUUUCCUGAUCCAGCCUCGGCAGUGGGAGGUUUAAUCCUCAGUUGCCACCUUUCAAAAAGAAAAUGUUGAAUGGCUAAGGUAUGUAAUUUGAACAGGAGAAGUUUCUGUCAGGACACCUUGGAGCAUCUCAGUCUGUAAACACCCUGUAUUUCUGUUAAUAUCCUUGGUUGGAAUUGUUUAAGUUUUGAGGGAAAAAUUCCUAUGGGACAUAAUGUGAAGUAUUUAAGUAGGUUGGCUGGUAUCAAAUUCGAGAUUUUUUACUUUAAUAAGCAAAUAUUUGAUUACUAUGUCAUGAACCUGCUGUCUUAACGUGUUCACACAUACACAGAUAUGGAGAGUGAUUCUAUACAACAUAAAAAUAUUUAUUUUAAUACUGAGUUUCAGUUAAGUCAUAAAACAGUGUUAAAACUCGGGAAGGUGGAGAGGUCUUUUUUUGUGUGUGUGUGUGUGUGUUGCUUUUUUCUUUAAGUUGAAUCUGUCUUAACAGUGUUUAUAGGCUCUGCAGUGGGAAAUGUUGAUGGCACUAUUUUCAUGUGGCUCUGCCGAACCACAGCGCUGUUCUUCUGUUGUACUAACAAGCUCUGGAACAAUUCACAGUCGUUUUCACUGGCACAAGAGCCUUGGGUAUGUUUUUCAAUUUAAACUUUGAAACCAAAAAUUUUAUUGUCCAGCGUCUUUGGCAAAAAGAUGCUGAAGGGAAUGUAAUAUACAAUUAACAUGUGGUUAUAUAUAAAAUGACAUAAAUGGCCAUGUUAUGGUUCUGCCUUGAAACAGCACAAUGAAGUGUAUCAGUGUAUCCUGUGAUUCUUUAUGAAACUUAGAUAUUGUGUUGUUUUUGUGUCUGCUGUUGCCUGUCUUUUGUGCCAGAUGUGGCACAGUGAAAUGCUGUUAUCAUCUCAUUAAGUGCAGAUGCAGAUAAAAUGUCUUUAGUGCUGCAACAUUUUACCUUUUUGUAUGUUUUAUGACUCUGUUAUUUUCCAAAGCUGUUCCUACCUCACCAUGAGGCUUUAUGGAUUGUUAUGUAUUAUAAAUGUUCUAUAUGAGACAGACUACUGUGUUUUCUUCUCAUUUAUUAAAAGUUAAGUAGAAAAAUAAACUAAUUUUAAUAUCUA